AUGUUUUUCUGGAAUGGCCCUGAGUACGAAGCGAGGUUGCGAACACCUUUCUCGCCGCCGACAGUUACCUUGAAGGAGAUUCACGAUGCAGUACCAAAGCAUCUUUUGCAGAAGAAUCACUGGAAGGCUACCUACUACGUCGUCCGCGACAUCACCUUCACGGCCCUCCUGUACAAGUUCGCCUACUCCAUAACUCCUCUCGCAGCAGGCGACUUCGGCGGGUAUAUCACCUCCGGUUGGCAGAAGGCACUGGUCAAGGCGGGCAUGUGGGCGUUCUACUGGUGGUUUCAAGGCCUCGUUGGUGCCGGGCUCUUCUGCUUAGGACACGACGCCGGCCACACCUCACUUUAUAGCAGCAACAAAGUCAACAACACCGUCGGUUUCCUGCUCCACUCCUAUCUUCUGAUCCCCUACUUCGCGUGGCGCUCCACCCACCACGCACAUCACAAAGCCACAGCUUCGAUGGAGCGCGAUGAGAACUACGUUCCCUACACUCGGAGCACCUACAAGCUGCCUGACGAAAAGACAGCUACAAAGGCCGACUACACAGAGAUGUUCGAGGAGACGCCCCUCUAUACGCUUGCCCGCCUAUUCAUCAUGCAGGGCUUCGGCUGGUGGAUCUACCUGGCCCGAAAUACGAUGGGCUCGCCCAUGUAUCCACCCGGAACUAACCACUUCAGCCCCAACUCGCCCCUAUUUAAAAAGGAACAAAGAAACGAUAUCAUUAUAUCCGAUAUCAGUAUUGUCGCGAUGUCGGCUAUUCUUGUCUACCUUGGACGUGAGUUCUUUUUCUGGUACUACCUAAUCCCUUACCUGUUCGUCAAUCACUGGAUUGUCAUGUUUACAUUCUUGCAUCACUCGGAUCCGACUAUCCCUCACUACAGGAAGGGCGAGUGGUCAUUCCUACGGGGUGCCGCUGCGACGGUCGAUAGACCCCUUCUGGGAUGGAUGGGGAGGUUCUUCUUCCAUAAUAUCAGCCAUGACCAUGUCGCCCAUCAUUUCUUCCUACGCGCCCCGUUCUACAACGGGCCAGAGAUCACGAAGGCAGUCAAGAAAGUCCUCGGAGACGACUACAACUAUGACUCGACGCCCACAUUCUACGCGCUGUAUCGGUCGUUCACCCAAUGCCUGUUCAUCGAAGACGAAGGCGACAUCAUAUUCUACAAGAACAAAGAUGGUGUUGCUCUCCGAGAGCUUAAGCAAUCUGUGGUAGAUGAAAUCAGGGCGAAGGGCUGGGAUCCGGCGGAACAAGACAAGGUGGAUCAGGUGCCAAAGAUCGAGUGA